AAUUCCGCUAUUUCAUUAAAUUUGAAAACCCUAAUUAAUUCAAAUUUUCUAAAUUCGUUGCAAUUUGCAGCAGCAUUGCUUUCCAAGAGAGGCAACCAAUAUAGUUAAUGGCGUCCGAUUACGGAGGGCCUAAUCGCCCUCAUUCUACUCACAUUCACCACUCCCUCACAGUGCCACUACCACAGUGUUUUGGGAGGGUGCAUCAUCAGCAUUUACAGCAUGAUCAACCUCAACCUCAACCUCAAUUUCAUAUUCACCCACAUCCGCUUCCUCAGCCGUUAUCUUCAGCUCAGUCCCAUGACUUGCACGGGGUGAUACAGAGAGAAAUCGAGGAGGAGAGGAUCAGACACGAGAUAACCGUGUAUAAGAUCCUUACGAGGCGCGCCUUGGAGGCUGAGGUAAGGAGGGAUCUCGUGAUGGUUGAAACCUUUCUUAAGAGAGGAGGUCGUGAUGGGUUUCCAUUUGAAUCUCCAUUGCAAAUGGGGUUGGACUUGCCCGUGAGCCUUCCACUGGCUGAGGAGAGGUUUCUUGACGAAACAAGUAUGUUGCUCACGCAGAGGCACAUGUUGAACGACAUGUGCGAGGGUGGACGAUCUGCAUCCUUACCGUUUCAGAGAGCAUCAAUUGAUGAGAGAAUGGGAAGAGACUCAAUGGCAAAAGAGUCAGAGGUCAAAUGUGUCCCGGAGGGAAGCAACAAAAGAAACGAAAUAAUUUUAGAGGCUAAGCCGGUCGAAAAUAUAACUGGAGCUAAGAGGGUUAACCCUGGAUCGGGCGCCAGUGCCCAAUCAGAUGCCAACUUGAAGAAGCAGAAGAGAGUGAAUGACGAUUGGAGUUGCACACUUUGCCAAGUUACUGCAACCAGCGAGCAUACUCUGAACGAGCAUCUGAAGGGCAAGAAGCACAAGACGAAGGAGGCUGCAUCGAAAGCGAACAAAUCUAUGAUAGGACUUUGUACAAAAAAUGCUGCCAAGCCUAUCCAGAGUUCAGGAACUUCCAAUCAAGUCAUAGAAGUGAAACUUACACCCAAACCUUGGUUGUCAUUUGGUAAGCCCAGCUCAGAAACAGAUGGUCCGCUGCCUUUGCAGGGAAAACCCAACCCAGAAAACUUAAACAAGAAAGAAUCAGUAGUGACUCCACAAGGAAAACAGAAGGGUGAACAUAAGAAGGAAGCAUAUAAAUUUUGGUGUGACAUGUGCCAGGUUGGUGUGCUCGCUGAGGAGGUCAUGAAAAUGCACCAGCAGGGUAAAAAACAUAAACGCCGUCUUCUUCAAAACUAGGUAGUGGAGAAAACAGCUGCAGAAGUACUCACAGCUGUGAAGAACUCUCAGGUGAGAAAGCUGAUGCUUUCUUGAGUUGAGCUGCUAUGGUUCAUGUCCAGUUAGUCUAAAUGUUGUUUGCCAUGGCAAAUUCGUUCGCGUUUAAUUUGUACGUAUAUACUCUUGACAAUUUAAGCUGUCUUCUUGCUUCUUAUUUCAACA